UCUAGAAGAAACAAUUUUUAUUUUGUUUCAUCUUGUUUCAUUGCAAAAACAAAAGUAAGCCUUAGUGACAGUCAGUAUAAACCUUGGCUCAAUUUGGCAGGGUAAUAUCUGAUUGAAAACUAUCCGAACUUAGGAAACAUUUGUUUCUGGUUAGUCUGGAGAAUUCAGCCUUGCAUGCUUGAUUCAAACCAUACACCAUAGACUAUGGAUACUAUUGGUACUCGGCAUAUUCUGUCCGGUUGAUUAAGUCUGAAGUUGGGGGGCACAUGCAAGUGCUGAUCAUUCCCGGGAGAAAUAUAGUGUUAAAUUAUUUUGUUGCACCUUAGGAUCACCAAAGUGAGUGUCCAUAUGUUAUGGUCAGCUGCAAUUAUAAUGACUGCAAGAAGGAAGUAAAGCGAAAAGAUCUGCAGCAGCACAUGGCAACAGAGUGUUUGCUCAGGAAAAUCCUAUGUGAUUAUUGUAAUGAGGCAGUUUUGUGGAAUGAAUCGAAGCAACAUUUUGAAAACUGCAUCAAGUAUCCACAGCAAUGUGAAAAGUGGAGAGAGGAGGGUAUAGAGAGAGGCAAGGGUCUUCAAUCUGAAGUGGUUAAAAAUGUAAAAGAGCUGCAAAGUAAAAUAGAGGAACUGGACAAUCUUAUCACUUUGCUGAGUAACGAGGGAGAUCAUCUGAAACAGCGACAGGAGACAAACGAAGCACAAAUGAGACAUGAGACACCACUGUGUGGGCUAGAAAUUGAUGACAGAUUUGGAAGGCAAGUAGAUGGGAUGUAUACCUGGAAGAUAGAAAACUUCAGAGAUUGUUUCCAAGAUGCCAUCAGUGGAACAAGCACAGCAAAGUAUAGCCCUCCCUUUUACACUAGUAAGUAUGGUGGAUACAAGUUGCGCAUGCGAAUCAACUUGAAUGGAGUGGAUGAUGGUGUUAGCAAACACAUGGCAUUGUUCCUUCAUUUGAGGGAAGGUGAUUAUGAUGCAAUCUUGGAUUGGCCAUUAAAGAGAGAGUUCAGAUUGUCCAUCUUGGAUCAAUCAGAAGAUAAAGAGAUGCAUCAUGAUAUCAGCAAAGCCCUGGUGCCUAAACCUCAUUGGCGAGCAUGUCAAAGACCUCCAGAAAACUACUUUCGUGGGUUUGGUUACAAAGAAUUUGCUCCUCUUGAGCAGAUUCUUCAGCCACAGUACACCAAGAAUGAUACCCUGCUGGUGAAAUUUGAGAUGAUUGGUUAGUCAAGCACUAUCACAACUUGCUUGGAAUUUUUAAAACAUUUCCAUGUGUGUGGAAAGAUCAUUUGUGAACUCUGCUGGCUGCUUAUGUUAUUUGACGAUAAUUAGAAGUUGCAUGUGAGAAUUCAAUUCAAUUUUAACCUUUUUAACUGUGACUCAUGAUUUAAUU